GGCAAUCUCUCCUCACCUCGGUGAUCAACAACCAGCCAGUGAAAUGUUAUGCUGCUUGGCUAAACCUCCACAGAGUCCACACAGAAGCAAAAUGGCCGAUAGUAAACUAACAGAUCCAACAGCUUCUGUCAGUCAACUAGGGGUUAUUAUGUGUGUUUUGUUUACAGCCUGAGAGCUAGAGUCGUGCAAAAGGAUACUAGCCUUCCUGCGAUUUACGUUUCGGUGAUGUCAUUUCUUAUCCAACUUAGCCUUGAAAGCCUUGAAGAACUAGCUCGCUAAGCUAGCUUACCUAGCUAGCUCGUAGGUCUGCGAGCAUAUUUUGCACGGGACGCACUUUAUUUCCAAAGUGAUUCCCGAGACAGUAGAAUCAGGAAAGGGCAGAGCAGUUGAUGGAAGACAGGAAAAAGAAGAAAGACGAGAAAAAGAAAAAGGAAACUUCUCACAAGGUCCCAGAGCAGAGCGUCAAAGUGCCAGAAUCCCAGCAUUCUCAGCACCCCACCACCCCAGCCUCAGUCUCCCCCAACCCUGGCCCUCUUGGCCCCUCGUCCCCAAGUCCUACUGCCACUGGGCUUUCUGCACCAGUUCUUCCUAGUGGCGGGAACAAUGCAAAGCAGCGCACUGCUGUGGCCAACGGACAGCCCUCCUCCAUUUCUGGAAACCAAAGUUCCCAGCAGCAGCGCUACAUGUCCAGAGAGGUUCCGCCGAGAUUCCGCUGCCAGCAGGACCACAAAGUGCUACUGAAGAGGGGGCAGCCACCACUGUCCUCCAUGCUGCUUGGCGGAGGUGGGGGAGAUGAGAGCACUGGUGGGGUUGGGGUAGGUAGUGGCUGGGGUCCUACACAACCUCUUUCUUCACAAGAAUCAGAAAACUCCAAUGCAAACACAGACACAGAUCCGAACUUGGGUUCAUACUCUCCUUCACCACCCAACACAUCCUCUUCAUGUGUCACUUCUCUGUCAUCAUCUUCAUCCUCUACCAGUUCAACUUAUGCAAAUUCCACAUGGAGGGCAGGAUCUGCCAGCCUGUCUUCCUCUCAGGGUUGUGACAAGAUAAUUGUGGAUGAGACUGAUCUGGAUAGUUGGCCUAGCAUCCUAGGCACAGGCAAAUUAAGUUCUGAUGGAUCUGCAGGAGGGGCGCAGAACUGCCCGGUUAACAAAAACAGUAGUGCCUCAUCUCGUGAGAAGAACCUUCAGGAGAGAGGAGGAGCAGUUGAAGGUGGAGCAGCAGGGAAAGAGAAUCCCCCCCAGCCUUGUUCUUCUCCUCUUUCUGUUUUUUCAUCACAAAAUGAAUGUGCUCAGACAGGUGGUGUCAUAUGGAGCUCCUCCACUUCCAGUCGGGUGGAAGCAGGAUUGGGAUCAGCAGCAUUUUAUAAUUCCAAAGUUUCCCACCAGCUUCCGGGACCGCAAGAGAGUCCUUCAGAUGGCAACUGUAGUCUCCCUGGUGCCAUUUUAAACCCCAAUCUAAACCCAUCUGCCUGGCCAGCUCUAGUGCAGGAGAAGACAUCAACUUCAGCUACUUCUCUACAUUCGGCCUCACUUCCUCUCAGCGCCACCUCUCUCCCACAUGAGCACACUGAAAAUGCUGAGUUCAAUAUGAGUACAGAACAACAACUUCCCCUAGGAAACCCAGCAGGAGAGCUGGGUUCGGGUGAAGGAGCACAGGGAGUCGGACCAGGACCAAAUCAAGAAGAUGGUGACAAGAGCGAAACUGAGUCUGACGGAGAACGAAAAGGGACUGUGAAUAAAUCUAGUCCUUUGUCUUCCUCAUCUUCUGUCUCUUCCUCUUGGAAAUCCUUGACUGCAGUGCCCUCUGCUCCCGCAACAGGUGCUUCACAGGAAGAUCAAUGGCAUGGAGAGGAGACCGGGGCUCACGGACAUGAAGGGACUCUCCAGGGAUUUGGAAACCAGGGUGACAAUACAGGGUGGGGAAGAGGAAUUGGUGAUGCUGGUGCAAAUAUCCAAAAGGAUUCUCAGGGAGUGUGGAAAGACCGGAGCUCACAAGCGGAGUGUGGAGACAGAGACAAAUGUAUAAGUUCAAAUAACUUAGCAAUAGAAAGUCCAACAGGAGGAUGUGGGAGCAACAACAGUAGAGGUGGUGCCUGUCAAGAUGGCAGUGGAAGUGCUUUAUCGGACUGUGCACAACCAAAGUAUGAAAAUUUGGAAAAUGCUUGGGACAAUCAGAAAGUGAAAGAAAGUGGAGAUGUGGCAGAACAACAAGAACAAGGUACUGAAGUGACGGGACCAGACUCCUCAAGUGAGGGUAAAACAGAAAAUGGUGGAGAAGAGAGUGGCCAUGGGCAGAAAAGCCAUGGAACCAAGGUUGUGCCCCCCGUCUCCAACCAGACCUCCAGUGCUGAAGUGGCCUUACUUGGCAUGCUCAAUCGAUCUGAUCUGGAUCCCAGGGUUCUUUCCAACACGGGUUGGGGACAGACUCAGAUUCGUCAGAAUGUGGCUUGGGAUCUGAACACCACCAAACGAGUAGGAAACAGAAAUGAAAAAAUGUCAUCUUCCACAUUCUCAUCAGGAACAACGAACACUAGUAGUGGCAGUUCUGUGUACCUCUCUAAUUCAAGGACAAAUAGUAAUGACGAGUGUCCCGGUGGCCCCGCUGACAGCAUGAAGUCUGGGUCUGCUUCAGUGAGUAAGUCAUGGGAUGGCGGUGCUUCACAUGUUACUUGUGGUCCUCAUCUGUCUGAUGGGAGUAUAUACAAGCCAAGAAUCCCAGAUAUGGAGUGCAGUCAAGGAAACACAGCUCGAAGUUGGGGUGAUCCUUCACUUGACAACCAGGGCAAAGGAUGGGCUGAAGAACACCAAUGGGGGGACCAUAGAUGUGGGAACUGGAGAGACAAAGGAGAGCAGAGUAGUGGGUGGCCUGUUGGCCCAGAAGAUAAAGGGACAGGGGGCUGGCAGGGAACUGAAAGUGGGAAGGUAGGUGCAUGGGGAGACUGGGUCCAGAGAGAUUCCAAGCCUGGAGCUGGGUGGGGAGAUGAGUGUAUCCGAGGUACAAGUAGCACUGAUGACGCAUCGUCUUGGGGUCACCCAGAUGAAGGUCCAGCUCAACGGGGAGGAUGGAGAGGAGGAGAUGUGGGUAAGUCCCACCACGACUGGGAGAGAUCCAAGCACCACACAGCAGCACCGACACCAAACAGCCAGGUGAACACAAAGAGCACCCCAAAUCAACAGCACCAAUCACAAGGGCACCACCCAUCAGGAGGAACUCCGCAAGGACUUUGGGACAACCGGUCGAAUGCUAUAGGUGGGAGUCCACUGUCCAAGAAUCAGAACCAAAGUUCAGGCUGGAUGUCUGGCCCAAUCCCCCAAAUUUCUGGGGAUGACUCUGUAGAGCCGAGUGGAUGGGAUGAGCCCUGCCCUCAGUCCAUCAGUCGCAAAAUGGAAAUUGACGAUGGGACUUCAGCCUGGGGAGAUCCCACCAACUACAAUGGUAAAAAUGUGAACCUGUGGGACAAAAAUAGACCAUCUAGUGAAAGCCACAGCCAGCAAGCCCCCGCACUGUCAAUGCAACAGUCAAGACGACAACAGGGCUUGCCACACAGAGAUGCUAAAUCUGCAAAUGCAGCAGUUGGUCCAGGUAUGUGGGGUGGAGGUACACAAUGUGUCGACAGUGGGUCAGGAGGUUGGAACCAGACUUCAGAUAUGGCAUCAGGAUGGGGAGAUUCAGAUGAUCCUAAAAUAUCUGGCUGGGCCAGCCUGUCACCCAACCCUGGUACCAAGUCGAUGGACACCUGGGGAACAAAGGGAGAGGGCUCAGUUGCAGCCUCCCGUCAUCCCAGCUGGGAAGAGGAAGACGAUAGUGGGGUAGGGAUCUGGAAUAGCACCGGCCCCCAAGGAAGUAAUUCCUCAUUUAACUCUGGAGGCUGGAAUCAUGGAGGAAGGAGAGGCAAUGUCAAGGGUGGCAGUGGAGAAAGGUGGCUAAAUCCAAUGUCACGGCAGUUUUCAAACAUGGGUCCUCUGGGUGAGGACCCCAGCAUCGAUAAGAAGAUGGAAGGAGACAAAAGAGGGAUGACUGACUACAAUGGGGACAUGCGGAGAGGAGGAAGAGGAGGAGGAGGUUACCGCAUGUCUAAUUCUAAAGACAUGGGUUCUGUUGACAUGAGCACCUACAGUGAAAAAAUUGGUAGCCAUGGAAUGUAUGUUGGGAGUGGAGGAGGGAUGCAACAGCCCAGAGGGACACACCAACCUAGCUUGCAUCCUAUGAACCCCUCUCAGGGGCUUCGUGCUCAAGUGCCUCAUCCAUUCCUGUCUGCUCAGGUGCCGGGUCCUGUGCUGAAGCAGAUGCUGUCUCCUGGUGGCAGUGUGGUCGGAGGAGUAGGAGGUGUUAGUUCCGUUGGUGGGACUGGUGGUGUUGGUGGAGGAGUGUUCCCUCCUCAGAUUUCCCCACAACAAUUAGCCGUGCUUAGCAACAUCUACCCACACGUGCAGCAGUUCCAUCUGGCUUGUCAACUCUUGCUACAACAACAGCAACAGCAGCAACAACAACUUCUGCAAAACCAGCGAAAGUUCCCUCAGCCACAGCCACUCAGACAGCAGCCCGAUCCACAGCAGCUGGCAAGGAUUUUGGCAAUUCUCCAGCAACAACGACUUAAUCAUGGUGGAGCAGCAGCAGGGAGCUUGAAAUUAUCCCCCUCUCACCUUGGAGGAAGUCUGUCUAAACAGCCCAUAGUUGACUCUUAUGCGCCUCCUGGAGUGGGAGGGCCCGUAUCGGACCCGCAUUCCAAAAUGCAAGGGAUGUAUUCUGGUUUUGCCCCUGGUAGUAACCUCCUUGGAUUAGAACUUGGUGGUCCCAUGAUGGGGGGUGUGAAGGACAUUGGAGGACAGCAGUCACGCUUCAAAUGGAUGAUGGAAGGACAUUCCCCAGCUCCAUCUCCACCUGACUCAACCCUUCUCAAGAAUGGUUCCACAGAAAACUGGCAGCGUACCCCUGGGAGUAAAAUGGGGAACAAGCUUUCUACUUCUGGUUGGCCUCCAGAGUUUCAGCCUGGUGUGCCCUGGAAUGGAAUACACAAUAACGAAGACCCCGAAUCUGACCCCUACAUGACCCCCACUAAUGUUCUUGGCUCCCCAGGACCCCCAACCCUCAAUGAUUCUGAUCAUCAGUUAUUGCGAGACAACGUUGGGCCAAAUUCUGCCCUGAACACCUCACUGCCUUCACAUGGUGCCUGGCCCUACAGUGCCUCAGAUAGCCCGCUCAGCAAAGCACAGAGUACAGGUAAGUACUCAGAAUACAAGUCCAGUUGGCCCCCUGAGCCCAUCGGACAGAAUAAGUCUUGGAAGGCCAAUCGCAAUGGCUCAAUGUUGCCACGCCCCCCUCCUGGUUUAACAAGUCAGAAGCAGGGCACACCCUCUCCUUGGGGAGGCGUAGGCCCACGGACAGCCCAUGGAUGGGGAGCGAGUGGUAUGAAACAAGACUCAAGAUUUGGGCCAGGCACAGCUUGGAGUGAUGGUGCGGCAUCGAGAGGCAGUUCCUGGUUGCUGUUGAGUAACCUGACUCCGCAAAUUGAUGGCUCCACACUUAAAACGAUCUGCAUGCAGCAUGGUCCCUUGUUGACCUUUCACCUUGGCCUUACCCAGGGCAGUGCUCUCAUUCGCUACAGCAGCCGUCUUGAGGCAGCCAAGGCCCAGGGUGCAUUGCACAUGUGUGUACUGGGCAACACCACCAUCCUGGCGGAGUUCCUGACUGAGGAAGAAGCUGCUCAUUAUUUUGCACAUUGCCAGGCUACAGGUGCUGACGGGAGUAGCACAGGAGGGGGAGCAGCUGCUGGUAUGCAGGGUUCACCUGGAACAGGCACUCCGGUGACCCAAAGUGGGGCUAGCUCUCCAAGAAGCGAGGGGGCAGUAACGACCACCACCUCAGGUGGACAUGGAAAUGGCGGCGGAGUGGUAAGUGGGUCCGUAGGUCCGAGUGGUGUAAUGUCCCCCGGCUCUGGUUGGCAGGGUGUAGAUGGUACAAGUAGCUGUUCAGAAACCUCCUCCGUGCAAGGACCUGGGCUGGGUGUUUUUUCCCAGUGGAGCGCCAAUGGAGCAGGAGGGGUGGGAAGCGCUGGGGGAGCAGAAUCUGGGAGGGCUGGACUUUGGGGUGGCAUGGCAGCAGUAUACCACAGCGGCAGCCUGUGGGGCGCACCGCAAAUGGAGGAGAGGCACCAAAUGGACAGUCCUGCUGCGUUGCUGCCUGGUGAUUUGCUGAGCGGUGGAGCUGAUUCGGUCUGAAGAGCCUUCUUCUUUUGUAGAUUUAGACACACUGAUACUGCAUACACUGGGAUACAAUAUGUAUUUACUAUAGCACAUCAACACAUUUACAAAUAUGCAUAUAUUAAUGUUCCACACGUGCAUACACAUCCAUUGUUUGCAUAUCAAUGUGCUCACGCAUAAAGAAAUGUGAGACGAGCUUACACACAUUCUUGCGGCCAGAUUUAAGCUACUAUAUAAAUAAACGCAGGGACUGUUAGUUGUAUACAGCCUUUUUUCCACAGAUGAAGAUUUCAACUGCUUAGACUUGAAAAUUGAAUAAGAAUGGUAAGUCGAUUGGUCUGAAAGACUAGACUGUAUUGUGCUUAGUAAAUGGAAUACUUUUGAACAGAUUUACAUUCAUAUACUAAAUUCAGAUGCACCUUUUAAAAGAAGGUCAUUGUAAAGAGCAUUACCUUAUUGUAUAAGAAAAACUUAACUACCGUAUGUGGGCAGUGCAGUUUGUAUUCUUGCAUUUGGAAGAAAAAAAUAAGAACAUUAAUCCAAACAUGCAUUCAGCUCUGAUAAGCCGAAAUGCAUCUUACUGUGUAUGUCAAGUUUGUCUAUAUUUUUCCAGUCUAUAUGUAAGGCUUUAUUUUUUUGAAUUGUGAAAAUAAUGAAAAAUGUCAUUUUG